AGAAAUGAUUGGACGAUUGAGUUUGAGGGUAAAACCCAAGUUUGUCUCAAGUUUCGUCAAGAAUUUCAGUUCUUCAGAGGUGGUGAAUAAAAAUCAAUAUGGAGGGUCGAAGCCCCCCAGGAUUCUCAUCACAGGUGGUCUUGGGCAAUUGGGUACCGAAUGUGCAAAGCUCAUGCGUAGAAAUUACGGAGAAGAAAAUGUAAUUCUGUCGGAUAUAAUAAAACCGAGUGAUGAGAGUCUGGCAAACGGUCCUUUUAUUUUCGCUGACAUUCUAGACUUCAAAGGACUUCAAAAAAUCGUAGUAAAUCAUAGGAUCGAUUGGUUAAUCCACUUUAGUGCUCUUCUGAGUGCAGUGGGAGAACAAAAUGUGCCCCUGGCCAUUCGAGUUAAUAUUGAAGGAAUGCACAACGUUAUGGAGUUGGCGAAGCAGUACAAUCUAAGGAUUUUUGUCCCCUCGACUAUUGGGGCAUUCGGUCCUGACUCCCCGAGGAAUCCAACUCCGAAUGUUACUGUGCAGAGACCAAGGACCAUUUAUGGUGUUAGCAAAGUGCAUGCUGAAUUGCUUGGAGAAUAUUAUCAUCAUAGAUUUGGACUUGAUUUUCGUUGCUUGAGAUUCCCUGGAGUUAUCAGCAGUGAUCCACCGGGUGGUGGUACUACAGAUUACGCGGUUGCGGUAUUUCACGAGGGUUUGAUGCACAAGAGGUAUGAGUGUUAUCUAGAGCCACAGACGAGAUUGCCUAUGAUGUACAUCGAGGACUGUCUCAAUGCCCUAUUACAAUUUUUAAAUACACCCAAUGAACAGUUGAGAAGGAGGGUUUAUAACGUCACGGCGAUGAGUUUCACCCCUGAAGAACUUUUUAGCGAACUUCAGAAACACAUCCCCGAGGUGAAGAUAUCGUACAGACCAGACAGUCGACAAUUGAUCGCUGAAUCGUGGCCCCAAGUAUUCGAUGACUCCGAAGCCCGUAGGGAUUGGGGAUGGGAGCACAAGUAUGAUCUACCCAAAUUGGUCGCCACAAUGGUCCAAGAUGUUAGUGAAAAUUUUAUACCCAAGUUUCAGAGACAUAAACAGAUCAACAGCUAUGUUUAACUUGAUAACAUAUUUUCCUCUAUCCAAGUGUUUCAAGUGAAUAAAAAAUAAUUCCA